AAUUGCAUUAGACAGAGAAAGUACACCAGGGGGUUAUCACUGCUCAUUAAGGCCAGAACAGGGUUCAAGAAAUCUGUCAUUGCCUUUGCCCAACGUGCAGUUCGGAUGGAAAUGAUCUGCUUAUGCAGAAACCAGACAUCACCAUUCAAGGGUGGAAAAACUGUGGAAGAAAUUGGUGAAUUCGACUGGGAGAAGCAGUUUACUGAACUAAGCGAACAAUGUCCGAUACUGUCGAGUGUCCUAAUUGGAGCCCUAACAACAGAAAAGUCUGUACAUCACUUUGGCCUCGCAUCAAAGCCAUGUAUGUCAGCCAAACCUGUCAUUGGCACACUUGGUUCAAUCCUGGCAUUUCAGAGAAAGCCGAAAUCUAUGAACUACUUUCAAGAGUUGAAUUCUGUUCAAAUGUGGCUUGCUGGCUGUCAACGAGAGAUGUUUAACAGAUUAAAUCAUCUGGGGCUGUGCGUGGGAAUAAAGGGAACCAGAAGCUACCUAGACCGAAUCAGAUCUAGCUAUGACACUGAAGUUUUCAAGUGGAAAACUGAAAUUUGUGACUAUUUGCUUGGACUUAGAUCAGACAGCUCAGUCUCGGGUGCUUAUACCAUUCCAUAUGCUGACAGUGAAGCAACCCUAUCUGUUGAUUCUUUCCCUUCAUCAGCAGCUUCAUCCCCUCAAAGACCACCCGCAAGGAGAGAAUAUUUUCAGCCACAAAUGCAGCAACCAAAUGAAGACUUGGAUGUAAAUUCAACAAAAAGUACUUCAGAGGAAAGCAUGUCCUUAAGUGACAGGUCUUUGCCAAAAGGUCGGUGUGGAUUUUCCCUAUGUUUUGAUAAUGUAAACCAAAGAACCACUGUCAGACAUCAAACAAGGGAUGCCAAAAAUAAAAUGUUUAAUAUGGUUCAAGGGUAUGCAGCACGGGAUAGAGUACCAACUCUUCAUCUAAGUGAUGACGUACCAUUACCAGAAAGAAUAAAGGCCAUUCCUUUAGAAAACUACCUCCCAUCUGAGAUGGAUGAAGUUGAUCUUCGGUUUGAAUUAACCACAAUUGUCCACAGGAUUCUGUGUGAAUACAUUCCCAUCUUAAAACCUUUGGCAAAUGCUAUUAACUGGCACAUCCAACAUAGAUACUCAGAUGUGUCUGCAGCAAAAAGUCAACUGGUCCCAAUUGGUGUUCUGGAUAAGGAUGAAAGCAGAGUUUCAGAUACCAUAGACAUCCUUGAGGAGUAUCACAAAUAUGUUCCACUGAAGCCAAAUGGACAACCUUUCAAACUUCUCUUACAUGCAGAUGGCCUAAGUGUUGAAAGGGGUAACAAUGCUCAGAAUGCCAGAAUAAACGGGAAUACUGCAUGGAAACAGCUUAAAGGCUUGCAAAUGAACAUACAAGAAUGGCAUAAGAGAUGUCUUUUGUUACAGGACAUUUUUGAUGAGAUGUACAAAGGUUCCAGUGGAAGAGAAAUAGGCACCCUCUUUCAGCUGAAGAACUACUUCAACCAUCGUAAUGUGACAAGCAAUGUCAAGCAAUCGUUUAAUCACGAUGAAGAGUUUUUAGAAUUUGCAACAAAUGGAUAUGUUGUAUUGGCUGCUAUGCAUGUUCUGAACAUGCAGAGUUUGAAUGAUAUUCCAAAUUCUUUCCCAAAUACUGAAGACAAACAAAUGCAUUUCCUUCAUGAUGUGUCAGGAAAAAUUGUAGAUAUGGUGUUUCUGUCAACUCAGCCAUACGUAAAACACAUUCUACAAGACCAAAGCAAUGACCCGGAAGCAGAAAAUGAAAUUUGUGUAUGCAGGUCAACCCAUCAAGAUCCAGGAAUGGUAUACUGUGCAAACAAGGACUGCAUGUUUGGGGGAUGGUUCCACUUAGACUGUUUAGGUCUUGAAGAAGAUGAUGUGCCUGAUGGAAACUGGUGGUGUUCAUUGGAAUGCAAGAACUACCAACAUGGAAAGAAGAAGAGAGCAACAGUUGCUGACAACCUGACAGACCAUAAAAAAUGUUAUGCUUUGAGAGUUAUGUGGCAUGGUUUGAACCAGAAAGUACGCCGUGAUGCCUUGCGGGAAAAUGAUGGGAAACGCAUCAUUAUGCAUUGGAGAUUUGACUUGUUGAAUUUCUACGAGCACAAUCAUCCUAAGUAUUUCCAUGUUUGUCAUCAACUAUUGUCAGCAAUUAGUGGAGCUGUUAGCCCAAGACUCCAGCACUCACUUACGUGGAAUAGAACAGUUAAUCCAAAUGGUGGACCUGGAAAAAAUCUGGAAAUGGAUCUACAGAUGGAGUUCUUUAAUAAAGAGUACAAAGAAAGUGUCAAAGAUGCUGCAGGGCAACUAACUGAGGCCACAAUUGCCAGACAUAGCCAGAUGGUGGGUGUUGGUAAAGUCAUUGGAAGUGUGUAUGAGAAGCAGGUGGCUUCCAUGCAGAGGUCUACUGUACAGACAACCAGUACCCCUAGCAGAGAAAGUGAUAUUAUUGAAUUCGUCUCUAUGAUGAGCAAUGAAGAGAUCUUCACAACAACCCCGGGCCGACACUUCAAGUCUUUCCCAGACGUUACACAUGUCUUGUUUAAGAGAAUCUCAGCCAGUGCAUUCAGGAAAAGACUCAUCAGACUAAGAAAAGAACUUGCAAAUCAUAGGGAAAUUACUAUCCAAAUGCAGAGAAAUUAAAUCAUGAAUGUCUUAAUUUGUUUUCAUGACAGUGUGUUUGAACAGUCUGAUCGAAUGGCUUUUACAAAAUUUACAACAGAAUCUUUUGUUAUUGGCAAAGAUCCAUUAGCAGAUAAUCAUUUUACCUAUUCAAAAAAUAUUUGAAUAAAAUUG